AUGUUCUCCUGCCUCGACGCAUCCAUCGUCUCGACGGCGCUCGUCUCGGUCUCGGCCGAGUUUGCCAACUACCAGGACACGCCGUGGCUUGUGUUGGGGUAUCUCCUGACGUAUAUGAGCUUCGCCGUCGGCUUCUCCAAACUCAGCGACGUCUACGGCCGCCGUAACAUCCUCGCCAUCGCCUGGCUGCUGUUCACCCUCGGCUCCGCCUGGUGUGGAAUCGCCCGGCGUAUGGGCGAGCUAAUCGCCGGCCGCGCAGUCCAAGGCAUGGGCGGCUCAGGUCUGUACAGUCUCGCCCAAGUCUGCCUGCUGGAGCAAGGGCCGAGCCGGCCUGAGGUAGUCGGCGCGCUGGUGGGCGUGACGCUGUCGAUUUCGUUUUUGCUGGGUCCUGUGUUGGGCGGGGCGUUGGCGGAGUGGAAUUGGAGGGCUAUUUUUUGGUUUAAUCUGCCGUUUGGUGUGCUUGCGGUGCUGGGGAUAUAUAUCCUCUGGCCUGCAGGCAUCUCCCAAAUCGACUUUCUCGGGCACGCCCUCCUAGCCGCGGCCUCCAUCCUCCUCAUCUUCGCUCUCCAAGAAGCCGGCGCCCAAGUCUGGACCUGGGUAACCCUCCUCAACGGCUUCAUCUACAUAUCCCUCGUAAUCAAGGUCCCCGAAUACCUCCAAAUCGUCCACGGCGACGGCGCGCUCUGGGCCGGCGUGCACCUAGUCCCGAUGCUAGGAACCUGCGCGUUGGGUUCCUUUCUCGGCGGCGCACUCUCCAAACGUACCAACCUCACCAGUCAGACUCUGGUCGCGGGGGGUCUGUUGCAGGCUGUGGGAUUGGGACUGGUGCUGGCGUUUUCUAUGGUCCCCCUCCCCCUCCUCCUCUCCCUCCUCUCCCUCUACGGUCUCGGCAUAGGCCUCUGCUUCGCCUCCUGCACCAUGACAGCCGCCAUCCAGUCGCACCACCGGGACCUAGCCGCUGCCCAGGGUGCUGUGGCCCAGGCUAGGGUAUUUGGUGGCGCGCUGGGGUUGGCGGUUUGUACGAUUGUUUUUCAGGGGGUUUUGGGGAGACAUUCUGCUGUCUCUACCUCUGCAUCUGCCUCAGCCGCGGGGGAAGGAGCUGCCUCAGCCGCGGGGGCGGUGCCCAGCCAAUGGUGGACAACAGCCCUCGCGCUGCCCGACGGGUCCGAGGUACGAUGGGAGGCAGUCACACGGGUGUAUCUGGACGCCUUUCGGGAUCAGGUGCUGGUUAUGACGUGUGUUGCGGUGGUGGCGUUGGUGUUGAGUUUGGGGGCGUACCGUCAGGCGCGGCGGUCUGGACCGGGACCGGCGGGGCCGGGGACGGGGACGGGGACGGGGGAUGUGGUGGGUGUUAUGGAGCGGCAUAAGGCUUUUGCGAGACGGGCGGAGGGGGGUAGGGAAAGGGUAAGGGGGAAUGGGGAUGUGGAGAUGUCGAGUGUGAGUAGUUUAAGGUCUUUGGUUAGGUAG